AUGUUAUUCAAGCGUUCAAUUGGAUUUAGAGCACUCAAGAUGAGUAGAGAUGAACAAGAUCACUCCUUUUAUUUUGAUAUCAUUGCAAAUUCUGGAAUUCAUUAUAGAUUAGCAAAAUUACAAAGACUCGAAUUAUGUUACAAUGUUACAAGAAAUAAUGAUGCAAAAUUUAUAGUUGAUGGUUUAAUCAAUCUUUUUGCUACUUUAACUCGUUACGUUCAUAAUCUUGAUCAUAUAUCUUUUAUAUUUGGAACAGAAAGUCCUACACUUCAAUUCAAUGUGGCUACUGCUUUUGCUAAUUUAAUCAAAUCACAAAAAAAUUUACAAUCUUUGGAAUUAUACAAAUUUUGGGAUCAUUCAACUGCUGAUGAUAUUUAUUCUGCUUUAAAUACUCAAUCUAAAUCUUUAACAUAUUUAAAGAUUCUUGGGGCAAAAGAUUUUGUUCAAAUGUUACCUUUUCUGGCAAAUUGUUGUAGAUUAAAAGCUUUAUAUAUUACACCUUCAAUAAUAUAUAAUAAUUCAGAUUCAAUAACUUGUAGAGAAAUUCCUUUAAAAAAUUUAUAUUUUCAUCAUUACACAGAACCAAAAAUGAUUACUAGUACAAUGAUUCCAAUUUUACGAAUGUCAAGUAGAACAUUAAGAACAUUAACUUUACAACGUGUAAAUUUAGAACAAUUAAGUAUAAUCGAAAGAUAUUGUCAAUUCUUAAAAACUUUAACCCUAUCAAUAUCUUGUUCUCAAUUACCAAGAUUUUGUCGAAUAAUAUCAAAAAUGGAAUUAGAAUCAUUAACAUUAAAAAAAGUUUUAGAUGAUUUAACUUUUGAUAUUACUUCAAUUCAAGAUUUGGCUUUAUCAAUUCCAAAAACUUUAAAAAAUUUCGGUAUUGGAUUUAAAAUGUCACCUCAAACUCUUGAAUUAUUUCUUAGAGAAUGUCGUGCUACUUUAGUAGUAUUGGAUUUAUAUUAUUAUUUUAAUAUGAGUGAUGAUCCUUACCUGGAAGUUUUUAUUCAAUAUGCUAAAGAAAAUAAUUCUUUUAAACGAUUAAACUUUGAAGAAACUCCUUCGGCACGUUUGAAAAGUGUUUUGGAUAAACCUUCAAAAUUAUUAGAGUAUGCUAUGAAUAUUAUUUCGAUUAAAAAAUUUAAAUUUGGUGCAAACCCUUCUGAUGGUAUUUAUUAUAUAUAA